AUGGCAGACCGCUCAUCUUCAGUAUCAGAGGCAACAGAGACAAUGGAGGAAACUCCAAGUUUCUGUUGGAGUAGUGUAGCAGAAGAGCCCUCAUCAUUGGAUACCACGCGCCACCGCCCGUCCAUUGUGGGCAUUGGUGGAAGGGAUCUAAAUGUUGCAUCCGACGACAACAAUACCGAACAACAACCAAGAGCCUCGGAACCCAAUGUCUUGUUGGCAACUGCACGGGACAGUCUGAGUGCAAUUGACUCUGAUUCGUCACGGCGUCUGGUGGGCAGUGGCUGCAGCAGUCACCCCAUCAGUACAGGCAGCGGUAGCUUUCGGGGCAGCACAGGCGUUGAUACACCGGAAGCAGUUCGAGUCUUGGUCAAGGAACUAAUGGAAACAGAUCGACAAGCAAAAAGAGCUACCAGGCAGUCUCUCCGGCAAACGGUGGCAAUGCCAGCAAGGACGCCAGUGCCUGAUAUAGUCGUCCAACACGAAGCGACCAUGGGUCUCUCCAAAGGCCUGCCAGCGGACAAGUUUAAAAACAGUUCUCGAUCAUUCGAGGAUGAUCUCACAGCCAGGACAUCGGUUAGCACUGUCGGUACCAGUGCUAGUAAUCGAUCAUUCGAGCAUGAUCUCACAGCCAGGACAUCGGUUAGCACUGUCGGUACCAGUGCUACUAAUCCACGAAGGAUUCGGGAGGCAGAUGCCUUGCUCCCUGGAGCUUAUGCUCUCCAAGGAGGACGGGAACCAAGGCACUCUUCCAGGAGAAGACGAGUACAAGAAGAAGGAAAGCAAGAAGACGACAUCGAGAUUCCUCCUCCUCCCUUGUUGAUUGAAGCGACGUUAGUCCCUCAAGUUAGCGAACGUGUGAUCGUCACAACGAAUGCAGACACCAUCGAUUACAACGAUAUAGAGCAACAUACUGCUCUUCCGACUCUCAGAGCUGUAGAGGUCGAAGAAGUUGAACUGCGAGAUUUGCUCAAGAAUAGGCGGCUGCAGCGCUUCAUCUGUUGCUUAGUGUGUGUUGCAAUGCUUUUUGCCGCAGGAAUUGCAGCAGUGUUGGUCAGCGAAGCUGAUUCACAGGAUGAUCCUAUGUGGAUAGGAGACACAGAGGCGUCAGUUGCACAAGAUGACCACGCAAGUUUGGGAACGACUUCCCAAACUAACAUGCCGGAUCCUCGAGAAACCAAACCCAAUGAAGCUGGAGAGCUUGCGGACGACGGUGUCAUUCAGAAUGAAGGCGGGUUUGGUAGUGACGACGACGACGACGUCGUCGCCAAGUUUUUUGAGGGAUUGUUCGGUGCUAUUGCAGCGAACGUAGAUGAAGAAUUUAGUACUGAUGACGACUUGAGUCCCCAAGACACUGCGGAAUUUGUGAGCUUUUUCAUUGGGAAGACCAAUGGCGGCAACGACAGUGCGGAUCUCGAGGGCGGGGAAGAUUCCAUCGACCAUCACCGAGAAUACUUUCGGCAAGUCUUGAUCUUUAUAGAUCAGCCAGUCUGGAAUGACACUACCAUGCCUGCCUUCGAAGCUCUUCAAGUCGAGUAUGCAAAACAGUUCAUCAUCGCCACGGUCAGUGAAAGUCAAAACGACCAUCUCUCUAUCGGCCCCGAAGUCCUGAGAAGCAUAAUCGACGAAAUGAAUGUGGAGUGCCAUGUGACGAGUCAGUCGGCAGAAACCAUUUCCCUCCUCGACACAUUUGGUCGUCGUGGGCUUCUGGAGGAACAGCAUCACCGACAUUUACCAUUGUUCGCAGAGGACGUUUGGGUGAGUGAAGUCUUGUAUGAAAUGAUAUGGGAUACUCCAGGGAUACGCACAACGCACGACAGUCCUGGCGUGCUCAUGCAAGAAGGAGCUUUGGAGAAUUUGGAAGGGUGCAUAGAGGAUCUCCAAGGAGUUUUCGGCCCCACAUUAGUGUCCACAACGCCGCCCCUGCUUCUUCUGGAUGGAGGAAUGGGAGGCGCCGGAUCUGUGACGACUGCUUUUCGACAAUGGCUCUUCCCGCAAGAAGGCCGUGAUCCAAAUGUUGCCACCUUUGAAAGUGUCCUCAAGGAUCAUUCCAACCGCUUUCUUCAGGAAAGGGUUGCCGUCAUGGCCGAGAGUGCAGGAAUUGAGUUCAUUCCGGAGGAAAUCAAGACGAACUGCUCCGUUCUAUUGAAGUAUCAACAUGGAAAGCCACGAAGAAGAGGCUAUCGAGCUCUUCGUGCACCAUCACCAUCUACUCACCUCAAAGGAGAUCGAGGUCUAUCAAGUCCUGGCAGUUUCAAGAUGAUGUUUGUCCAAUAUGCCAUUGUGUGGUAUAAUUCUGACCCACCAAGUGGAACGAGCGUCGACGAUAGCCUUGCCAGACUUCCAGCGCUCUUUGAGGAAUACCUGAACGACCACAUGGAGUCGCUAACAGAGGACCUCAUACCGGUUGGAGAGAUCCGUUCGUUCCCGGUGAGAAUCGUCGGGCCACCGCCACCACCGCCACCAUCCACAAAUUCUUUGCCUGACCAAGACGCAACUUGGAAAGAACUCCCACAAACCUUGGUGCCCUCGCUUCAAGACACUUUCUUGGCCUCGCAAACCUUGGUACCCUCGUUCCAAGGCACUUUCAUAUGA